AUGGACCAACGCUUCGCAGCCAUGAAAGGCCUCCCCACGCCUGUGCAAGACGAGUACCCAAUGCUCAUCUCGUGCAAAUCGGCAGCCGCGACCUUCCCCCUCCAAAUCCUGCUGGACUGCCUAGCAGCUGGCUACCAACCGAACGCCUGGAUCGAUGCCAAGCCCCACUGUCGCAACUUUAAACGCAUAAAGAAUGUCGGCAUUGGUUUUACCUGCACGGACCGCGACCAUCUAUACUGGGUGGAUGUGCUACUUACCGACGACACGUCCCCAUCCGACAUUUGGGAGUACUUCAUGCUCCACGGUGACCAACCAGUACUCCUCCAGUCCUCCUUAUCCAAGAAUGCCAUCCACUCCCGCCAUAUCACAGUGUACUUCAGCUCUCAACGUGUCCCGGCCUGCCUCCUUCUUGGCCCCGAUGACCCAAUCCGCGAAAUCACCGUCUGGAGUCAUGUGUGCAUCAUCACACACAAACUCUCUAACGCACGCAAGGGCCGCGCCAUCCCCCCUGCCCCCGCUUCUUCGCCAGGCCCGUCCACCGAUACCCCCCCUGGCCCGGCUCCGGAACGCUCAGUCGCUCGUGACCCGCCGCAACCCCCAUCGUCCAGUCGUGAGGCGAUGGGCCCCACCACUCCCCUACCGAACCAACCGUCCGUCGAGACGGUCGAAUACCACACCGCACUUGACGACGACGCCUCGGAUCCUGACGACUCUGACUACACACCGGCCGCCGAAGACUAG